CUAAACAUUUAUACUUGAAUCCAACAAAUAACAUCAAUAUUUAACUUUUAUACUAAUAAAAUAAUUUUUAUCAAUUAAAUUCUCUAAAAUAAGAUCAUUUUACUUAGAGAUUAGUAUAUUGAUCAUGCCGGUCAUACCGAUAGUGUCACGCGGGUUUUAUGACCGGUACCGGUUGAAUCCGGUACAACCGGUGGCACACCGACCGGCUUGACAACCAUGGUAAAAAUCAAAAGAUGUUUUUUUCCGGGGCAUUCAAAAAUUGUUUGUGUUGGCAAGCUGGGGAAGUGUAAAUAAUGUAAUGGUCACAAUGGAAUAGAGUUUUGCUUAGAGUUGGAAUUCGAUGCUUUGGGGGGAGAAGGUUAGCAAAAAUCGAGGCUUUGGGAGAGGGAAGUGACAAGUGAGUAGGGGUCAAAUCCGUCCUCAUUUAAAUUUGAUUGGUCAGAUCCAUCUUUUUGGGAUGCUGGUUUCAGUGGUUUGGAUCACUGAUUUUUUUUUUUUUUUGAAAUUGUGGGCUUUCAUUAAAUGAAACCAAGGUGAACAGAUUUUGGGCCUAGACCCCAAGGAAGGAAAAACUACAUUUGGGCUCGGGCCUUCAAAACAAAACAAACUGUGCAAGACGAGGCCCAACACAUGAGCAUGAAAUGAAAAACCCUAAACCUAAUCAACCCCAGCAGAUGAAGAGCAGCCGCCGCAAAAGGAGAGAGCCAUUCCACCGCCUACGGGAAGAGGCGCAAGACAUCCGGCGAAGAGCUAUCUCUGCCGUUCAAACCCUAAGCCACCCGAUGAAAGAGGCACAACCUUCACAGCGAAAACAUGAGCAUCCGGAAGCAAGGUGAAAAGGAGCCCAAAUAGAGUGUUCCUCGCCUUCGAGCUUCACGAGACUGGAACCACGGCACGAUCGCAAUAGGAUUCCCAGAUCUUCUCCGAAACACCUGCCAAAGAGGUGAAGCAAGGAGGAGGAGCAGAAACAUGAAGGAGAAGGCAGGUUAAGGGGACCUCAACCUCCUCUGACACCAUCAAAAUCAUCUCAAAUGAAUAGAUCUGAAGAUCUGACACGAGGAAGAAGCAGAGGCAGCCAUCUACAUGAGAGGCGCGGAAACCUACAUGGGAGCCUCAAAAUUGCAAAGUAAACCAAUAACAGAAAUAAUAAUUCUAGGGCUGGAUUACGGUGGAUUUCGGUCUAACCGAAAAUUGAAAUGUCGGUUAUUGAUUAGCCAAAACACAUGUAAAAGGCUAAAAGCCCACCGAUCACCGACCGAAGUACACCUUCGAUUAUCGGGAAAACCGACCGGAUGGUUUUCGGUUUUAGGCUCGGAUAGCCGCAUAACCGAAAACCCCAUUCUCUCCAAAACGUCGGCGCUUAAGUGAAAUUAAUUAUAAAUCAUAAAAAAAAAACACAUGAAAAUUCUUCUUGCACCGCAUAAUCCUUAUCUCCACAGUUUUCUCUCCUUCCAUCCUCCAUUUCAGAUCUCUCGACCUGGCUUGGAGAAGGCGACCGACCUGGUCACCUAGAGACAGCAACCGACCAUGGAGGCACAGCCAGACGAGCAAGGUCGGCGAUGUCGAGGAGCGGAGGCCGGUGACCAGGCGAGCAGCGCAAGCGGGACGAAGGUCGAGGAGGGGAUGUCGGCGACGCCAAGGCGAGAUGGGGGCGAAGGUGAAGUCGUGGGAGCGGGCGAGCGAGGCAGAGGUCGAGCAGUGGAGGUUGGGGUCGGGGAGUUCGAGGCAAGUUGGGCCCUGGGGGCGAAGGCGAGGUCGGGGAGUAGAGGCAGAGGUCGGACACGGUGCCGACAACAUCGCGUAGUUGGGGAAGGUUUUGGGUUUGGAUUUUUGGUAGCGGUAGGGAUUUUGGAUCAGGCGGCGGAGGGGAGGUCGAUUGAGAGAGAUGGAGGGGGCAGGAGGGUAUAGUUGUGGGUCGCUGCGUGGUGGUGCGGGGUCGUUUUGGGGUUUUGACGGAGAGGUCGGUUAGCCGGGUAAACGACAGUUUUCACCGUCGGUUACUCAGCUAACCGACCCCUCUCGCCAACCCUCUAAACAGCGGCCGCCAUACAAUGAAGCCAGUUUUUGGUUAGUAGAUAAUCGAUCAAUUUUGGUUGUAACCGGUGGUUACCCGCUAACUUAAAACCAUUUCCCCACCCUUAAAUAAUUCUCAUUCUAUUGC